AUGACUCAUACUAACGGGAGCACUAACCAGCCUAAUGACUUUAACGACAGCGUCCCAAUUCCCGCCGAUUUUUCCGCUGGUAACGGCGUUAGCCCCGCGACGCAAGCGCGGCGGCGUUUCAUAGAGGACAAGGGCGCGGGGGACAACGUGGCGGCAGAGCGGGCGGAGAUGCUUGCGCGCGUUCUUGCGCCGAGCGGUGACUGCCUUCCGCGGAUCAAGCUCGGCGCGGCCGGGGGCGCGGGGGAAGCUUCAGCGGGGUGGGUGGGAGCGGAGGGAGCCUCGCGCGCGAACACGACGCAGCCAAUCAGACGAGCCCAGCGGCGAACUCUCACUCCUAACGGCGGCGAGUCGUCGUUCCCGUUGUCUGUCGCCUCUGCGACCACCUUCGUCGCCGCGUGCGUCGUCGCUGCUGGCGCGGCCUUCGCACGGCACAAGUCGCUACCCGCUCCGCCUGCUGCCUCUGUCUCAGCGAUGGUGGCGCCUGCCAGUCUGCCAGUCAAGGAUCAGGUGCUGGGCCACUAUGCGGUGGAGGAAGCACCGCAAUCGGAUCUGCGCCCCGUGCUGGGUGAUGGCAGUGUGCAGCUGCGCACAGCAGCAGCGCGCUCGUUCCUGUCAAUGCAGGACGCUGCCAGGCGGGAUGGCAUCUUCCUCACGCCGCUCUCCGGGUUCCGGUCAGUGCGGGACCAGCAGUCGGUGUUCUACGGAGUGAAGGCAGCGCGCAACCAGAACAUCAGGCAGCGAGCCAAGUUGUCGGCCCCACCAGGCUUCAGUGAGCAUCACACGGGCUAUGCACUUGACAUUGGGGAUGCCAACUCGCCUGCCACACAUCUUGAGUUUGAUUUUGAAAACACCGAAGCGUUCUAUUGGCUUCAAAAGAAUGCCAAUAGGUUUCACUUCGAGUUGUCCUUUCCACCUGAUAAUAGAAGGGGAAUCAUUCUUCGUUACCUCCAAGCUAAGCCGCUCUCAAUUAUGGCCUCCCUGGUCUGCUUCCCGUUCAAGGAGGAAGACGUCACCGUCGCCGUUCGGAACGUCGAAAUUGCAGCGUCGCACCCGUCAGUCUCCGCCGUUCUCGGCGUGGGAUACUCCAAGGGCGAGACAUGGCACGCCAUCGAAACAGCCGCGCCGGGAAUCGAGAAGCGCACGGGUAAGCGCGUCAUCCUGCGCCUGCAGCGCCGGAUAGGCAUGAAUCUGCGCGGCGGCAAGGGCGACGGCAUGAACACGGCGCUGCAAUUCUUCGUCGAGCACCGCGAGUUCGAGCGGCUCCAUUUCUACGACGCCGAUAUCACCUCCUUCUCCGGCGAGUGGAUUUCCAAAUCCGAGAAGCAAGCGGACCUUAACUUCGACAUCGUGCGGCACUACUUCCCGCGCUCCUCCACCGACGCCAUGAUCACGUGGCUCGUCACCAAGAUCGGAUUCGCGCUGCUCUGGCCAAACUCGGUGCUUCCGCACAUCGAGCAGCCGCUCGGCGGGGAGCUGCUGCUGACGCGGCGCGCGGCGGAGGUGCUGGUGGCGGACCACCGCGUGCGCACGCAGAGCGACUGGGGCAUCGACACGCUGUACACGUUCGUGACGGCGCAGGCGGGGCUGCGCGUGGCGGAGGUGUACGUGCCCGAGGGCAAGAUGCACGCGCUCUACGGCGGCCUGCGCGACCUGCGCACCAUGCUCAUCGAGUGCUUCUCCGCCGUGCAGUCGCUGAAAACGGAGAGCCUCAACGACGAGGGCAACCCCGUGAUUCACCGCGUGGAGUUCGCGCGGCCCGUGCCGGAGGCGGUGCGCAGCAAGGUGGGGUACGACGUGGAGAAGACGCUCAAGCUGCUCAAGGAGCCGCUCACGCCGCGCAUGAAGGACCUCCUCAACCAGUACUUCGACCCCGCGCUCGCCAAGGGGUUGAUAAUGGCGACGGAGUGGCCGACGUGGUCGUUCUGCGACGAGGAGGCGUGGGUGGCGGCGUACAUUCGCUUCCUCGACCACUUCGAGAAGGGCGACGCGGACUGGGAGGAGCUGCUCUUCCGCGUCUGGGUCGCGCGCGUGCUCAACCACACCAUCCGGAACGUGAUGCGCGGGUACGACGUGGCGCUCGGCGCGUUGCGCGAGCUGGUUACCGAGACGCAGCAGCGGUCGGCGGGGCAGCUGCGCGCGGAGGCGAGCAACCCCAUGACGCUAGCGUCGGGGCACACGGCGCUGGAGGCCAAGCAGGACGCGGACGCGUCGUGGACGCUCAUGCAGGCCGACUCGGAUGCCGUCGCCGCCGUCAACGUGCCCAUCGUGUAA